AUGGAAUCACACCUAUAUGAGGCCAUCGAAGUUACUGAUUUCUACGAUAAGCUCGAGAACGUUCUUUCAACUCAGGUAAGUGCUUUUACGGUAAAUAUUGCUAUUGGGUACGAACUUGUGAGCAAGACUGAUCCUGAUGACACUCGCUACUUCUACCCAAAUCUCGCUAAAAGUUAUGUAUCCAACCAGCCUGUCGCAAUCAACAGCAAGACGGAUAUUCGAAGGAAGGUGAUUUCGAUAAUUCGGUCUAUGGGGUUGGCCGACAAGCUGAAUUACUCCAGCUCUGGAUAUAAGCUUAAGGCGGUCACUGCAUUCAAGAUUUUCGUCUACCAUCGCGACCAUGUUCUUGGAGAUAGCGAAGCUGUUAUUCCUAAGGUUAUUCGCAAAAACAAGCAUGUAAUUAACUUCCCUAAGACUAGCACCAAGUGCGUCUUCUACUGCAUCGCCUUGCACACAUUCCAGAGCACCAAGAAGGAUCCUCGCACAAUUCAGGCUCAGAUGAAGGAUGCAUUCCGGCGCUACUGCUAUUUUAAGGGGAAUGAAGUAUACGUUGAGUCUAUUUAG